UUGAGGCUGAGGACCGAGUGGGCAGGGCCGGGGUUGGGGUGCGGCCUCCUAUUGGUCCAGACCUUCACCCCCCCCAACCGUCCUUUUGUAAGAAAAGUGGGUGAGGGGAACGAGCUGUCAAUAACAGACGGUAACGGUCGCUCUGGUGGACAGAGCCUGGAAGCAGAACCAGCAGACUCUACUAUUCUCUCUUCUCGAGCGUGGAAGGUGGGGAAGGAGAGUCAGAGGCCAUCCUGCGGGCCGCAAGCCGGAGGAACCCAUUCCUGCGACUCCUAGAGGACCCGAAGGCGGCUGCCGUCGGGAGGGAACGGACCGCAUCGGACCGGACAGGACCCAGACGGACAUGAUCAUAAUCAGAAGAGGCAGACCUUGAUAGACAUCCACCCAAGCCCAAAAAUCAUGGCCACUGCUCAACAACUUCACCCUGCUCAGAAAAAUAAGAUAAAUGGGUGGACAAACAUUAAAAUCCCGAGCAAAAUUAUCACCAGGGAGGAGUCGCAGCUUGUGGUGAAGCAGAUCUUAGCUAUCAUCCUGUCCUCCAUUACCUACCUAAGGGGGCUGUUUCCAGAAUCCUCGUACCGGACCUACUUUCUUGAUGGAAGAGCGUACAAGGUCCUUCACGAAGAUGUAAACUUCCCCGGCGUGAACAAGAUUAUCGAGUGGGUCGAAGGUUGUUUUCAAGCUAUGGAAAGGAAAUAUUUACGCAGUGCCAUGUUUACAAUUCAAAGCUAUUCGAACCAGAAGAAUAACACCGAGGCAUACAUGUUCUAUUUCGACUACCCCGAAGAAGGAAACGAGAUGAAUUUAUGGAGUCACAGCAACCAGGGCUAUGGUAUGGGAAUAACCUCGGAGGUGAAACGAUCUAUCCCACUGUUGGUUGAGAAAUUGUACCAGUUGUACCACAAACUCAGCUCCCUCCCCGAUAAUGUGGAACUGUCCAUGAAGCUCUUCUAUUACAAUGACGUGACCCCAGAUGAUUACCACCCGUUGGGUUUUCAGGAGUGGGAAGUCCCAAGGAGGUUGAAUUUAACCCCCACCACUUGAACAUGAAAUUGGUCUCCACCCCAUACCACAAGGUGCAACUGAAAAUCCUCACGGACAAGAACCUGGAGAACCAAAUGGGUAAACUUCAGAAGCCUGGCGCUACUCAAGUGGUAACGGACAAGGAAGAAAAGGCCAUUCGGGUGGACAAGCGGGAUACGGACAAGGACAAGGAGGAAUUUGUGUUUCCAAGAAUGAAGAGGUUGGUCAGGAAGUAGAAGAGACCUUCCUGAUACCCGGAGGAGCGUGGAAACAAGUUAACGGCUUCCCGGUUGUUGUUGUUGAAAGUCUUUUAAUGUGAAACAAAUAUGCACAACCUCCCUGUUGGAAAGUAAGAACCUUUACAGUGUGUUAAAUUAGCUGGGAAUAGCCUCCUUAGUUUGUUAGUGUUUAGCUUUAUUUGCAGUAAGAGUAUUCUAUAGCCUGUCCUCUCCUACCUCAGUGGCAGGGACAAGGAGAGGGAGACUCCCUCUACUGAUCCUUAUUUUUCCCCUUUUUGCCAAAGAGAGCAAAUUCCUUUUGUCUUACUGAUUUUAUUUAAUGGAUCUGAGCCUCGUCCCUUCUGGAUGGUUUGAAAGUUUUCUCCAUUUGGCUAGUGUCUUUACACCUGCAAGUCGGUUUUCGAGGGGGAAUGGAGGUGGGAUGGGAGGUUCUGCUCUUGGGCUCGCUGCUCUGACCCUAUGCCUCAGUUUACCUUCAAAGAGGACACAGAUAAGUAGCUAAGAAAAUUUUUCUCGGGGAUGUUUGCCUCCCAUAGAGUUAAUAAUCUAAAAAUCAUAAGGAUAAGUAAAGUAAUAGGUUUUAAGUAGGUUUUAACGCAAUGGAAAAAGUAGCCACAGAAAUAAAAGACUUGUUCAAAUUUCAUGCCAUGGUGAUCUCGAGAGCCUGAAUUUCUUUUCAAUAAAGUGUAUUGAGAUCA